AUGGACAGUGUUCGUGCCGGACCUUUCGGCCAGCUGUUCCGUCCAGACAACUUUGUCUUCGGCCAAACUGGAGCAGGAAACAACUGGGCUAAAGGUCACUACACUGAGGGAGCUGAGUUGAUUGACUCCGUGCUUGAUGUCGUUCGCAAGGAGGCCGAAGGUUGUGAUUGCCUUCAGGGAUUUCAGCUUUGCCAUUCCCUUGGUGGAGGCACUGGUGCAGGCAUGGGAACACUCUUGAUUUCCAAGGUGCGAGAAGAGUACCCAGACCGUAUCAUGGAAACAUUCUCCGUGAUUCCUUCACCAAAGGUGUCGGACACGGUGGUGGAACCAUACAACGCGGUCUUGAGCUUUCAUCAGUUGGUGGAGAACUCGGAUGAGUCCUUCCUGCUUGACAACGAAGCAUUGUACGAUAUUUGCUUCCGCACUUUGAAGCUGACCACACCAACAUACGGUGACCUGAACCACUUGGUGUCUGCUGCUAUGAGUGGUGUGACCUGCUGCUUGCGUUUCCCAGGACAGCUGAACUGCGACUUGCGCAAGAUUGCAGUGAACCUUGUGCCAUUCCCACGUUUGCACUUCUUCAUGACUGGCUUUGUACCAUUGACCUCCCGUGGUUCUCAGCAGUAUCGUGCACUGACCGUGCCCGAGCUGACCCAGCAGAUGUUCGAUGCCAAGAACAUGAUGUGCGCGGCUGAUCCUCGUCAUGGCCGCUACUUGACGGCAGCCGCCCUGUUCCGAGGCCGCAUGUCCACCAAGGAGGUUGACGAGCAAAUGUUGAACGUUCAGAACAAGAACUCUUCCUACUUUGUUGAGUGGAUCCCCAACAACAUCAAGGCAUCCGUGUGCGACAUCCCACCAAAGGGUCUCAAGAUGGCAGUGGCGUUUGCGGGUAACUCCACUGCGAUUCAGGAGAUGUUCAAGAGGGUGGCAGAGUACUUCACUGCCAUGUUCCGCCGAAAGGCUUUCUUGCACUGGUACACUGGUGAGGGUAUGGACGAGAUGGAGUUCACUGAGGCCGAGUCCAACAUGAACGAUUUGGUCUCUGAGUACCAGCAGUACCAGGAUGCCACUGCUGAAGAAGAGGGUGAGUUCGAUGAGGAAGAGGGUGAAUAUGAUGGAUGA